AUGGUCUCUGAAGGGACUGAAGGUUCUCAUGGACAGGAGUCGCUUUCUCGUAUCCUGAGUGGGAGCCUGGAUGAAAGUGUCUCCUUCGGUGUGUCCUGCUUCAGUUCAAUUAUCCUUGUUCCUCAGAGAUUGGCCGCUCCAGUCCUGUUUGGAUCACGUAGGGAGUCUGAGGCUCUGGGAAACAUGGUUUCUCUGGGGUUACCCACCCAGCUGGCCAGGGAGAGCCCAGAGAGUACCCUCAAGACCACCCUCCUGGCUGGUCUGCAGAGCAUGUGGCUUUACUGCAAACACAGCACCUCUCAGGGCUCUGAACCGGCCCUUGUGGGCCCUGCAUCUGCUGCCAGCUCUCAGGGCACCGUGGCCCAGACCUUCCUCCUGUUCCUGCUGGGCAGCCCGGUCCCCAUGACCCGAUUGGCAGCCGGAGUGGGCUCGGGGGCAGGCGGGAACCGGCAGGGGGCGCACCUGUGUGGCUGCGCACACGUGGGCCGGGUGGGGUGCUUCAGGAUUGCGGCCAUGAGCUCUGAGGCAGAAAAGGCCGGAAUUGUCGAGACUCUCAAUGUUUAUGAAGCCGAUGAGGGUGUCCCCCAGGACCCUUCAGCCUCCUCAGCCCCAUGGGAUCUGAGCUCGGCCACUAUGCUCCCUGAGGCAGAGCCAGGAGAAUCAGCAGAGACCAGCUCCAGCAGCUCCCGGCCUGGUAGGAACAUGGGCCAGUCGCAUGCAUCAGAUCCCAGUGCAGAAGCCAUGUCCUUCCUGGCAAAAAUUCCUCCUGUUCCGGGAGAUGUUGUGAUAAGGCCGCCGCCCCCUCGGUAUCCCUUGAAGAUCAGCACCCUGCAACACAGAAGGAGAAUCUGUGCUGUGGCCGUGAGCAGCUCCACACGCCACGUGUAUACAUGUGGCCAUGGAUACGUCAAAGUGUGGGAUGAGCGGUCCCUGCAGGGCUGUGCCAAGAGCCCCCAGGCAUGCCUCAGCUUCCCGGACGACCCCGAAACCUUUGUCUAUGUCUGCAAGCUCUUUCCUGAUGAACAAAGCAUGGUCACAGCGGGGGCCUCCCAGCGAGUGACGCUCUGGGCCUUGGCACCCACACCCCGCAUCAGUGCCCAGCUGGUCUCUGCUUCCCCCAUCUGCUGCUCCCUGGCACUCUCCUCUGAUGCCCGGAUGUGUGUUACUUGUUCCCAAAGCCUUGUUGAGAUCUGGGAUUUGCAGAAUCAAAUCCUGAUCAGGCAAAUCCGGCUCCCCAUGCAUAGGCUACGCUGUGUGGAUCUCACGGGCAGUCAGUUCUGGACAGGAGACCAAGACUCCAGCGUGUACUCCUGGGACCUGAGGAGCUACCAGAGGUUGCAACAUUACGAGCUCCAUCGUGAGGUUCUCAGCAUGACCCACGACCCCAAUGAGGAGUGGAUCCUUGUGGGCAUAAACAUGAGCGAAAUCGUCAUUUUGCACACACACCGGAAGGAGAAGUAUACAGUUAGAGUGGAGAAGAAAUACGUCAGCCGCAGCAGUCUCAAGUUUGCAUCCUGUGGAAACUUCUUAUUAGCAGCGAUGGACGAGACCGUCCACUGCCUAAUGACACCUUCUCUUCAGAGGGCGUUUAAGAUUGAGGACGGUUAUGAUAACAUCAGGUGCUGUGACGUGUCCUCUGACAACCAGUACAUGGUCACAGGCUCUGGGACCACGGCCAAGGUCUACCAGCUCCUGUACUGA